AUGGAGAAGGCACGUCACAGGCUGAAUAAAAUUUUAAGGCAACACAAACGAACUUCGUUGAGUGCAACAAUUCAGGAGAUGAGACACAGAAACUGUGGGACUUCAAGCCUGAUAAAGGUGGCUAAAAGUAUUUGGUGGUUCAGUCUAGCCCUAUAUUUGCUGAACUACUACCACACUGAGUUGCAGGGGCAGCGUUGCGCUCUGUCAGUGUCACGAUCUUUAAGUUACUUGUUUCGCCCGCCGGAGCGAUGUGAUUUUUGUUCCAAUGUAAAAAGUGUGCCACAUCUUAGGGACCUUAGUCCAGCUAAGUUUGAAGCUGAUUAUGCGUACAGUGGUGCCCCUGUUAUUGUCAGUGAUGCAACGCAAAACUGGACAGCGACAAAAAUUUUUAGCUACUGGUACUUUCAAAAUGCUUACCGUAAAGCUAAGCGCAAGCAACGAUUAAGCCGAUGUCAGUUUUUGCCCUACAAAACAGGAUUCCAGGACAUCUACGAGGCCCUGGACAUGCCACAAGACCGUGUCGAGUUAGUGGAGGGUGAAGCUCCUUGGUACUUUGGCUGGAGCAAUUGCCAUGCUGAGAUAGCCGAGGAAUUUCGAAAACAUUAUGACAGACCCUAUUUUCUUCCCAAUAACUCCGAGAACAAAGCUAUUGACUGGAUUUUCAUAGGAACAUCAGGAAUGGGCGCUCAAAUGCAUAUUGAUAAUGUUCGAUUACCCUCUUGGCAAGCUCAACUGGCAGGAAGCAAGCGCUGGUUGCUGGUACCACCACCCGAGUGCUACUUUCAGUGCCGUCGCUUCGAAGUGACUGUGCGACAGGGCGAUAUCAUUAAUCUGGAUACUAACAGAUGGUACCAUCAAACCUUUGUACAACCUGGGGCAGUCAGUAUCACUAUAGGCGCCGAAUAUGACUAACUCCGAUCGAAUAUAAAAAUUAACGAACUAUAUAAAAAUACCUUAAGUAAUUUGUAAAAUUGGUGAAACCCGUGUCCAAUUAAAGUACGGUGAAAAAAAAUAAA